CCCGUGACGUCGGCGCGUCCCGCUGUCCCGGCGGCGGCGGCCGGAGGAGGUGACGGCGGCGGGCUGAGCGGCGCGAGCCGGCCGGUCCGGCGGUCUCGCUCGGCUCAAGUGCUUGGAUUGCAUCCCUCCUGAAGGCUAAUUUAACGUGGGACCUGAAAAUCGGUCUGGCUUUUGGUGCAUUAUGUAUUUGUCAUUAAUCAUUAUAGAAAUAUUCGGUUAAUGUGAGGUUUCCAUAUGAAGAGGGUAGUCAGAGCAGUGAAAUAAUAGUUAAAACCAAAUAAAAGUAUCAGGUUUUAAAUCUGAUUAUAACUUUUCUGUGAUAUGAUUGAGAAAUAUUGUUUUCUUCCUGGAGCUUUAAAACCUCAUGCUUUCGUCAGAUUUGUCAGGUACAGACCUGCUACUCUGUUAGCUGCUGCCUCUGGACAGUGAGCCACUUAAAAACAGUCCCUACUAAAUCCACUGCCAAAAAGUGCAGUUUGUAGUAGUGUUGAAGACACAGUAAAAUCUGAAUAAUUGAUUUGGUCACUUUGAGUAAAUCCUACAUAUUGAACAUUUGCAAGAACUUGCCCUGUAGUCUUGUGUGGUUAAUACUGUGGUUUCUUUCUAAGUGAGUCAAAGUACUAAUUGUUUAAUAAAAUCGCUAUAAUGCAGAAUUUGUAUCCAGUGAAAGAAAAAGGUCUGUUUUGAUUAUUUCCUUUUGAAAUAUACAGUGUCAAUUUAGACGUGAUUGAAAUGUUUAUUUAGAGAGCUGGAAUUGUACUAUUUUUAAAGGCUAUCGAACCGUGGAUGCCUGGAAUUGGUGAAGAAAAGGUAUUUUUGUUGAAAUAGAUUUUUUUGUUGUCUUCCAUGCAUGUUAAUCAAGUUUAUGUAUGUGAAGAGAUGUUCCUGUACUUACUUUCUGUUUCUGAAGCACUGAUAACUUCAGAUGAACCAGUUUCUGCUUCAUUUUCCACACAAUAUCAUUUUAUCUGAGUAAGAAAUUGAUGUUUUGCCCUGCUAAAUAAAUUGAAAUAGGAUAUAUGCUCAAAAUUCAGUGCUCCAGUUUUAACUUAGGAGAACCUAAUUUUUAAUAAAGAUGUAGCAAAUCAAUACUGAAAUGGUUGACUGUUCUGUACUUGAUUGUUCUUCUGUGAUUCGCUUCCAAAUGUACAUGUAAGGGCUGCUUUUUUAUCAAUCUGUCGUAACAAAGAGUAAGGAAUGACAGGCGAGUUGAAGCCUCGUCACAGUCACCAGUGCCUGGAGAUAUUCUAAGUUUAAAAAAUGGAUACAGAAAAGUAAGUAAGAACAGGAAGCUGUGAGGUUAUUUAUCUGUUGUGCUUUCCAGUGCUCAGGAACUUAGUAGGCUCGGUACCUGGAGCUGAUACUAUAUUGACAGUAGCAGACCAUCAGAAAGGAGAGUGUGAUUUUUCUUACUUAAAAAAAUAGCUACCUUCUUUCUGUCUGUCUGUCUGUCUCUCUGUCUUCCCACAGUGUUUGGUUUGUGGUGACAUGUAGGGGAGGGCAGAAUUAUGAGGUUUUUUUCCCCUCCCACCCCCCAUAAUCGAGUUACAGGCUGGGGAGCUUGAUAGAAAAAUCCAAGUAUUUAAUUGCAGAAGAGCAUUUGCUGCUGAGUUUUCAAUCUACGGGCGGGGGAGAUGAGGAACUUGUGAGAGCUAUUUUAAAGUAAUCGGUACAGAGUUGCAGAGUUUGUGAGAUUGUCUGUCAUUUGAGGUAGGACUCAAAUAAUAUCUCUUUGUCUGGCUUGGUUAGAAGCUGAUGUUUGUGCUUGUUUGAUUAGGUUUCCUAAGACUGUAGUUAACACUUCAUUGACAUUUAGGAGCUGUCUUCUUGAAUACGUGUCUCAAUUUUUUUUAAAAUAAUUUCUGUUUUAUCCAAAGAAAUAGAAAAGUGGGGAGAAAAAUGUGUUGGUUCUGAUAAUUUGCUGGGAAUCCAAUGGGCAUGGUUGACUGAACUGACAGGAAAUCGUUUCAUUUCAUCUUGCUCUGGUAAUAGCUUGACAAUUUUUCUUAAGGAGGACCUGAAAUAAUUUUUGGGAGAUAGGUCUGGUAGAAAGUACAUCACUUCAGAGUCUUCAAGUUGCUUGGAAAAAGCAAGCUUCUCCCAGCAAGCAUCCCAGGUGACUUCCAAGUGGACAAAGAGAGCAGUUAAAUGCGAGCUGAGCCUCCGUGUGGGACCGUCUUUCAUCUGUUGCAUCUUGAAUUAAAGUUUCACAAUCAGUGUGUGAUAGGAUGCGUGCAUUUAGUGAGUGGAUACUUGCAGGUUUCUGCAGAUAGUGUAACUCCCCAUGCUAUGUGACUUCCUAGAGUAGAAAAUUAAUUGCUAAGCAUAGAACACAGCUCUUAUCCACUUGACUUUAAAGCGGGAGUCUUUACCCAGGAAAGGGGGAGGGGUGCAUGUAAACCACAAGUGUCUUGUCUCCUGUUGAGUAAAAUUUUCGAGACUGGCUUAUUAAGUAAAUAACAACGUCACAAAAUGUAGAGGUUACCUGCAGUCAGUUUGCGAACUAGUUCUUUUUAAGGGCUACACAGCAAUUAGAAAGUUGCCUUACUGUAAUCCUAUAAUUAUGCCCUAAUGAGAUUCUUCUAGGUAUAAUUACAUACCUUGAAUGUGUGCAUGCAUUUUUAUUUCACAAGAAACCUGCCAGAGCUGACUCAACCUUUUUCUAUCUCUACAUAACAUUCGGGUUUAUGAUGAGCUGCCUCUUAACAGUGGAUUGCAAGAGGUGGUAGACAAAAGGCUUCAAGUGAUACCUACAGAAGUAACAGAAAGCCAGCUCCUAAGAGGAAGGACUGAGCACCACCCGAAGCUUGCUGCAGCUGUCUCUUUGACCGUGGCUAACAUAGUAUCUUGUGGAUUAGUAGAGCCAAAAUUUUAAGACAGUUGCAGCUCUUGGUUUCAGAUUAGUGUGUGAAGAAACUGCUGGCGUGAUGAGGAGAGAACCUUCUCCCUUUUCAAAAGUUUGCAGAGAAGCUGAAACACUGUAGUGUACCAUUGGGCAGGACAAGUGAGGAAUGAGCCAGCCGUGGGAAAGAGGACCUGCCAUCCUAGCUGGAGUCAUCUGAAGAGAGGACAUUUUAGUCUUGUGGCAUGCUUCAGUAGAAAUUAUUCAGAAGAUGGCUGGCUGUGGCGAAAUAGAUCAUUCGAUCAACAUGCUCCCCACAAACAGGAAGACAAACGAGUCGUGCGCUAACACAGCACCUUCCCUGACAGUCCCCGAAUGUGCAAUCUGUCUGCAAACAUGUGUCCAUCCAGUAAGUCUGCCUUGUAAACACGUUUUCUGCUAUCUGUGCGUGAAGGGAGCUUCAUGGCUUGGGAAACGAUGUGCGCUCUGCCGGCAGGAGAUUCCAGAGGAUUUUCUUGACAAGCCAACCUUGUUGUCACCAGAAGAACUCAAAGCUGCAAGCAGAGGCAAUGGAGAAUAUGCUUGGUACUAUGAAGGUAGAAAUGGUUGGUGGCAGUAUGAUGAACGUACCAGCAAAGAGCUGGAAGAUGCCUUUUCCAAGGGUAAAAAGAGCACUGAAAUGCUAAUCGCUGGGUUUUUAUACAUAGCAGAUCUUGAAAAUAUGGUUCAGUACAGGAGAAACGAGCAUGGACGCCGCAGGAAAAUAAAGCGAGACAUAAUAGAUAUACCAAAGAAGGGAGUGGCUGGCCUGAGGUUGGACUGUGACACCAACACCGUCAACCUGGCAAGAGAGAGCUCUGCUGAUGGCGCUGACAGCACACCCGCUCCAGGGGCCGCCGCUCUGCAGCCGCGAGCACCCGUUGCUGCCAGGCCCCUGCCCUCACUAGACGGUCAGCUGAUGAGUCCCUCAACACCGUCACCAGAUGCAAGCAAUUCUCUAGAGAACUCCUUUGCCCACUUACAAAUAAAUGGAGACAGUAUGGCCGAAAGGAGUCAUGGGGGAGAGGGAGAAGAAGACCACGAGUCAUCAUCCUCUGGUCGAGUGGCUGCCCCCGACACCUCCAUCGAGGAGACCGAAUCGGAUGCCAGCAGUGACAGCGAGGACACGGCUGCCCACUCGCACCAGGGCCUGUCCGCUCUUCAGCAGAGACACUUGCACGGGAGCGCAGGCCAGGCAGGAGCGGAGAGACCAGGGGCAGGGGGUGGGGGGGCAAACACAAGUGUGAGAUCUAGAAGGCCAGAUGGACAGUGCACAGUCACUGAAGUCUAAAUCUAGAGCCAUGUAAUGAAAAACCCGGUUCUGUAUCUGUAAUCUUUCUGUUCACAUUGGCAUUGCACUCAACCAUAGCAGUGUGUUUGGUGGGAGGGUGGGGGUGAGGGGGCGAAACAGAUUUGGCCUGUUAAGUUUCUUAAUAUGUGUCGGCUGGAAGCCUCUUAACUGUGGGGAAACUGGGUUGUCUUGUUAAUGGUUUGAAAGCUGCUCAGCAAUACCCAGUUUUCUUGAAAAUGUCUUGCAUUUAUUUUGUAGCAUUUCCCCCAAGGAGAUACUCAAUCCUUUUUUGGCCAAUGUAUAUCUGCUGUACAACUUGAACUGUUUUCAUUAUCUGACUGUUGCAUUAAGUGUCUUAGUACUUUCUGCAUGGAUUGAUGUAUGAAAAGAACACUAAAGCAAUGUGGGAGCAGGCAAGAUGUUGGGUGUGAGCAGGAUGCUUAACUUAAUGUGAGAAAAUAGAUGUGAGUUUGAAGUUAAAAUGUGUUUUUACUAGACAUGAGCAAUCAUUUACCUUCCUUCAAUGGCAAUGUAAAAAUGCUAUUAACUUUUGUUGCAAAUUCUUACCUAUACACUCUUCAUGUCAUUUUCACUGGCUUUGCCAUCUAGUCCUUGUAGUUUUGUUUUUGAGGUCUUUCUUGAUCUGUCUCGUUUUUGUUACGGAAUUUAUAAUUUAAUAAAACUACAUUUUAUCAGUAACAAUCUUAGAUAUGUCUCC